GGAGGCUCUUCGUAGAGCCGGAACCCGGGAGCGAGCGAAACGCAAUGACAUUUCCUCUUUAAAUAACCGGAGCCGGGGCCCCUUGGAGAAAUGGCCGCGUCGGCAGAUUUAAGUAAGUCUUCCCCAACACCGAAUGGGAUUCCAUCUUCAGACACAGCCUGCGAUACCAUGGACCCCUUCCAUGCUUGCAGUAUUCUUAAGCAACUCAAAACAAUGUACGAUGAAGGACAGUUGACAGACAUUGUAGUGGAAGUGGAUCACGGGAAAACAUUUUCCUGUCAUAGAAACGUUCUUGCGGCAAUCAGCCCCUACUUCAGAUCCAUGUUCACUAGCGGCCUUACAGAAAGUACCCAGAAAGAAGUUCGAAUCAUCGGUGUGGAAGCUGAAUCAAUGGACUUAGUAUUGACUUAUGCCUAUACGUCUAGAGUUAUUCUGACGGAGGCCAAUGUUCAAGCCUUGUUCACCACAGCUAGCAUUUUCCAAAUCCCCUCCAUCCAAGACCAGUGUGCUGAGUAUAUGAUUAGUCAUUUGGACCCACAGAAUUCUAUUGGGGUCUUUAUCUUUGCUGAUCAUUAUGGUCAUCAGGAACUUGGAGAUCGAUCAAAAGAAUACAUCCGUAAAAAGUUUCUGUGUGUCACCAAAGAACAAGAGUUUCUCCAGCUGACAAAAGACCAACUCAUAAGCAUACUAGACAGUGACGAUUUAAAUGUCGACCGGGAAGAGCAUGUUUAUGAAAGCAUAAUACGGUGGUUCGAGCACGAGCAGAAUGAAAGGGAAGUACACCUUCCAGAGAUUUUUGCCAAAUGUAUACGUUUUCCUCUGAUGGAAGAAACAUUCAUCGAGAAAAUUCCACCUCAGUUUGCACAGGCCAUAGUCAAAAGCUGUGGGGAAAAGGGCCCAUCCCACACCAAUGGCUGUACGCAGAGGCUUGGAAUGACUGCUUCCGAGAUGAUCAUAUGCUUUGAUGCUGCACACAAACACUCAGGAAAGAAGCAAACAGUGCCUUGUCUAGAUAUAGUCACAGGAAGAGUGUUUAAACUAUGCAAACCACCAAAUGACCUAAGAGAAGUUGGGAUUCUCGUGUCACCAGACAAUGACAUUUACAUUGCAGGAGGGUACAGGCCAAGCAGCAGUGAGGUCUCCAUCGAUCAUAAGGCAGAGAAUGACUUCUGGAUGUAUGACCAUUCCACCAACAGAUGGCUAGCCAAGCCAUCCUUGCUUCGAGCCAGAAUAGGCUGUAAACUCGUACACUGCUGUGGUAAAGUGUAUGCAAUCGGAGGGCGUGUUUAUGAAGGCGAUGGAAGAAACUCGCUCAAGUCCGUGGAGUGCUAUGACAGCCGAGACAACUGCUGGAUGGCCGUUUGUGCCAUGCCAGUUGCAAUGGAGUUUCAUAACGCUGUGGAGCACAAAGAAAAGAUCUAUGUUUUACAGGGAGAAUUUUUCCUCUUCUAUGAGCCUCAAAAAGACUACUGGGGAUUUUUAACCCCCAUGACUGUGCCUAGAAUCCAGGGCUUAGCAGCUGUGUACAAAGACUCGAUCUAUUACAUAGCUGGAACCUGUGGAAAUCAUCAGCGUGUGUUUACUGUAGAAGCCUAUGAUAUUGAGCUAAAUAAAUGGACUCGUAAAAAAGACUUUCCAUGUGACCAGUCUAUAAACCCAUACCUUAAGCUGGUACUUUUCCAAAAUAAACUCCAUUUAUUUGUCCGAGCUACUCAAGUGACUGUUGAAGAACACAUCUUCAGAACCAGCAGGAAAAAUUCUCUUUAUCAAUAUGAUGACAUUGCUGACCAGUGGAUGAAAGUGUAUGAGACCCCAGAUCGGCUGUGGGACCUUGGCCGCCAUUUUGAGUGUGCUGUGGCUAAACUCUAUCCUCAGUGUCUUCAGAAAGUUCUCUGACAAGUAGCAGGCCUCAGCACAUCGCUGGCAUCUCAUACUAAGGAAGCGUGUUCAGGAAGUGCUGUCAACAUUGAAGAAGACUGAGAGAGUUUUGUAUACAGAAAUGGGUGCUUGGAAAGAUUGUGGUAUGGGGAGGGAUUUGCUUUUACCUUCAUUACUUUUUCAUUUCAGUAAGGAAAGGUAAUAAAGUGCAAUUAUCAGCAUUUUUCCACCCCUUACAUAAAAGUAUCAUUCUAGAAUUUUGUGAUAAAUAGUUGCUGAGAAGCCAGGUGAAUCAAGACAACUAUGCACUCUUAAAAAGCAGUUAGAGUAUUCCUGGGUAGAGGCGUCCAAACUGGUUAACAUGACUUUUAUUUUAAAUACGGGUAACAAUAUGAGGCAAUAUCAUUUAUUUAGCUGUGAUCUCUCUAACACAGAGAAGCACUAACUUAGAUCCUCAUUCUUAACUAUUUAUAUCUAUUUACAUAUAUAUUUUUGUGUACUGUUUUCAAGUGUACGAGAUUUAAACGUGCUCCGUCCAUGGACUGAAGGAAAACUCAGUCUUGGAAAGAACUUUAGUCAGAUUGUUUCAUAUUUCUCAUGUAACUUUAAGUUAAGCUAAAACUUUAGAGUGGCAGUUUUCUGUCCAUAACUUUUUCAAGUGCUAACACUGUCUCAUUUCUUAAAAUCCCAGAAAGGGCUCAGAUUUGCAGAUGACUGGUGCUUGUAUAAGUUAAUUCACGUGUAGUUAAGUUGGUUUAAAUGGUUUAUGAGUCUGUGUUUAUCUUCCAGAUUAGCAUGCUGGUUCCAUGGCCAUGGCACUUUCCCUUGUGACUCCACGAGGUCUGCUAUUUGUGUGAUAGGAUAUGGCCGAUGGCCAUUGGCCUAACUGAAUUGAGUUUCACAAUUCCAAGUUUGCACUAACAUGGGCUGUUUUGUUGCCCAACUUCCUUUUCCAUCCUCUACCUGUCCAGCCAUUGUUGGUAUCGUGAAAGCUAACUUAUAAUGUGAAGUUUCAAGCCAUUUUAAAAUUCUGUUUUCUAGAAACAAGUGUCUUGCAGUGGUCUAAUAAUUUAAUAGCUUAUAAGGUUCAUAUUACAGUUCCAGCCUCUCUUUAUUUGUUGCACUCAACAGUGAUAUUUGUACACUGAAGGUGAUACAGAAAGAAGGAUGGGUGAGU